AUGAAAAACGUGUUAUUUCCUGAUGCAGGAAUUAUUAGACAACCCAAAUGGGGGCAUCUUAAAGAUUUGCAUAAGGCCAUAAAACUUUGUGAAGAAGCACUUAUAGCUACUGAUCCAACAAUUUCAUCUCCUGGUCCAAAUCUAGAGACUUCAGUUUACAAGACAGGAUCUGCAUGUGUGGCCUUCCUUGCUAACACCGGCACGAACGAUGCAACGGUUACCUUCAACGGCAAUUCAUAUCACUUGCCUGGAUGGUCUGUGAGCAUUUUACCAGAUUGCAAGAGUGUUGUUCUAAAUACUGCAAAGAUUAAUUCUGCAUCUACGAUUUCAAGCUUCGCAACUGAAUCUGUAAAAGAAGAGGUUGAUUCUUUGGGGAGUUCAAGUUCGGGAUGGAGUUGGAUUAGUGAACCGGUCGGUAUUUCAAAGGAUGAUGCAUUCACAAAAUCUGGACUUCUUGAACAAAUAAACACGACUGCAGAUAGAAGUGACUACCUGUGGUAUUCAUUAAGCAUUGAUGUUGAAGAUACUGCCGGUGCUCAACCUGUUCUUCACAUUGAAUCCCUUGGUCACGCCCUUCAUGCUUUUAUAAAUGGGAAACUUGCAGGGAGUGGAGUAGGAAACAGCGGAAACGCUAAGGUCAAGGUGGACAUCCCUAUUACACUUGUAUCUGGAAAGAACAAAAUUGAUCUCCUGAGUUUAACAGUGGGACUACAGAACUAUGGAGCUUUUUACGACCUAGUGGGUGCGGGGAUCACUGGUCCAGUAACAUUGAAAGGUUUGAGAAAUGGAAGUACUGUUGAUCUCUCCUCACAGCAAUGGACAUACCAGAUUGGUCUUCAAGGUGAAGAUUUAGGUUUGUCUAGUGGAAGUGUUGGACAGUGGAAUUCACAAUCUAACUUACCUACAAAUCAACCUUUGACUUGGUACAAGACGAACUUCAUUGCUCCUUCUGGAAGUAACCCAGUUGCAAUUGAUUUCACGGGGAUGGGAAAAGGAGAAGCCUGGGUGAAUGGACAGAGCAUUGGACGAUACUGGCCAACAUACGUCGCUCCAACUUCUGGCUGUACUGACUCAUGCAAUUAUAGAGGAUCCUAUUCUUCAUCGAAAUGUCUCAUGUAUUUUUGGCAUAAUGAUACUUAUUAUUAUAAGAUUAGGAAUUGA